AAAUUCUUCAGGUUAAUAGCGAGCAAAAUACGGCGUUGGCCAACAAAAAGGAUUGGAGACGGCUCUGCAAAAGCUUCAAAAGUUUUUAAAAUUGCAGGGCUGCAAAGGGUUCCGUCAUCAAAUUGUCAAAGAAGCCAAUAAAACAAAACGGAUGCCCAUUUUAUAUUUAUUACAAUAAUAAAAAAUAAAUUACAAGUUAUAUUUAAAUUUUCUUAAUCUUGUCGAAGUAACCAGUGGUCAUGAGAUUGGUUUACCUUCUUGCGCCAAAUUAGCAGCUGGAUUGUUGAUGCCAAUUUUAUUUAUGAGUUUUUGCCGGAUAUCUUCUAUUAGCACCCAAAAUGGAUAAAAAUAGCCAACCAUCUCAAGAAACUUUUCAAUCCAUCUUUUAUAGUCAAGAAGAACGUCCUCUGAAGGCAUGGAAGAAAACGGUGAUGAACGGCCAAAUAACUCGAUUAAGAGAUAUAGAUAUGCAGUGCCCAGUACUAGAGUUGGUUAGUGCGAGUCAAGCCAUGUGUUUUAUAAUGACCCCUGUGGAGUUGGGAAAAUCAUUAGCAAUUACGUUACCUAUACUAGUCUUCCUUGUAAAAUGCAUUGGGAAGGCUUUCACCUUUGAAGUGCAGAUAUUGGACGAUCAGAACAUUCGUCGGAGAUUUCGUGUGACAAGCAGCGAGACGAAAUCGAAUGUUAGCCCUUUCGUGACGACAAUUCCUCUAAGAAUGAUGCUGGGAUGGAAUAAAAUCGAAAUUAAUCUGGCUCAUUUCACCAAAGAAGCAUACGGAACAAAAUAUGUGGAGACUGUGCGAUUGCAAGUUCAUCCUAACAUUCGAAUUCGAAGGAUUUACUUCACCAGCUCGGAAAAUUCUGAUGAAACGCCCUCAGUUCAUGCUUCCUAAAUUGCAAGGUUUAUCUUUUCAAUUGUGAAAAGUUGGUAUCUUUACAAAUAUGUUUUUUAGUGUCAUCGAAACUGAAAUUAAUGGCAUUCGAUUUAUUGACACUUGCGCCUGGGAUAAUUUUUUAAGCCAGGUUCGCCUAAAAAAAGAAACAAUGUACGAAACAGAACUUCCUUACAGAAAGAUUUUAAAAUUUACAAUAAAGAUGAAAUACGUGUGUCGCACGGUCAAAUUGUACCUGCU